AACGUUAUAGAGUAUGCUUGCACCUUAAAAAAGGCUCCCACAGGUGACUCGCAUAGCGGAAAAGAAGAAAGGGAACGCCCACCGGUGCUUAUAGCCUUCAUGCGACGGGUGCUCGGCUUUCUGCGAGUUCAUUGACUGCUAAUCAGGAAAUGCCUCAUAAGACAACAAGCCCCGAUUCAACGCGAUCGAUGCGCUCUGGUGAUUUUAGAUUUUAAUGGUCAAAACGAGAGUUGUCGGGGCGUUACAGAAAGAGCCGAUUUGAUCCGAUUCUGCAGGAUGGAAAUCUAGAUAAGACAAAGUUGGGUGAACGCCGAAAGGUUGGUAGGUGAGACACAUCACGCACCUUUGCGUUAAUCAUGGCAAAGACGAAAAGCGAGGAGUUCACUUUCGUCAGCCCGGUGGUGAAAUAUUUGCUUUUCUUCUUCAACGUGAUCUUUUGGGUAAUCGCACUGAUCCUAAUAUCUAUUGGAGUUUAUUCCAGGAUAGUUAAACACGAGACAGCGCUGGCCUGUCUGACGGUGGAUCCUGCUCUGUUACUGAUGAUAGUGGGCAUUCUCAUGUUCUUCAUCACGUUCUGCGGCUGUGUGGGCUCUCUGAGAGAAAACAUAUGCUUACUGCAGACAUUCUGCAUCAUCCUAACGAUCAUCUUUCUGCUGCAGCUAGUGGCUGGUGUUCUGGGUUUUAUCUUCUCAGACAAGGCACGUGGCAAAGUAACAAAAAUGGUUGACAACGCCAUCAAGCAUUACAGGGAUGAUAUAGAUCUUCAGAACCUCAUUGACUACGGACAAAAACAGUUUAACUGCUGUGGGGGAAUCUCUUACAUGGAUUGGUCUCAGAACAUCUACUUUAAUUGUUCAAACGAGAACCCGAGCAAAGAGCGCUGUUCAGUGCCCUUCUCCUGCUGCCUGCUCUCCAAAGAGGAGACUGUUAUAAACACCAUGUGUGGUCAUGGGGCGCAGCAGCUGCAAUACCUUGCAGCAAGUGCCUUCAUUAACACCAACGGCUGCAUUGAUAAAGUGGUGAACUGGAUCCACAGCAACCUGUUUCUGUUGGGAGGCAUCGCACUGGCCCUGGCCAUCCCACAGUUGGUUGGGAUCCUCCUCUCUCAGAUCCUUAUUAAUCAAAUCCAGGAUCAGAUGAAACUACAGAAUUACAACCAACAACAUCACUCAGACCCCUGGAGUUGAAACAGUUGUGUAAAUGUGUUUUUUUACAGAAAGCUUGGGAACUCAUUGCUGCCUGAAGUGAAUGACAUGGACUGUAUUUUGAAUAAAAGAGUUUUCAUAUUACGUUUUCAUAUGUACGGUCAACUGUAUGAUAUUUUCGAAACCAGAAAGUAUAUAGGAAUAGUGUAAGACGAACUAAAAACCAAGAGGUCAAUAAAACUAUUUUGUAAUAUUUUAUGAACGCAAAAUGUUUUUGAGGUGUGUGAUGCUAGCAAAGGACGGUGUCAACUAGUGAUAUUUAUUGAUUUCCAGCAUUGACGUUUUUUGAUAAACUUGUGUAGGUAUUGUACUGAGAUCAAAAUAAAAAUGUACGUAUUAUUGUUCACUGUUACUCACUUUAACAAGUCUAAACAGUCAUAUGUCAUUUAAAUUCAAUAUUAUUUAAUGCAUUAUUAUUUAAAUAUUAUUUCAAAGAAUAUAUAUUUUAAGAGCAUUGGUUUUAUAACAUAGCUCACUAAACAGUUUUUGCCAUUCGGCUGUUAUUUGUCUCAAAUGACUAAAUCUGGCCAUAAAAAUGCUUAUAAUGUUUGCAAACACAACAUGCUUGAUUCAAGUGUUUACUUUGCUGUUGUGUUAAGUGCCCUUCUUCCGUUUCUACAAUAUCUCGAUGGAUACACACAAAUACGGACGUUACAGUUUCUGUGUUUUUUUAUUGAUCCCUUUUUAUUAAAAAUGUAAAUAAAAUAUUUUUUGAUA